GCCGGUGAGGAGCCAGGAGCGAGGCACACACACGCGCACACACACACACCCCGCUGCGGAGGAGCUGUCAGUGAAGCAGGUGGACUUUCUUUCUCUGGUUCCCGGGUUCAGGUCCCGACAGAGGGACACGGUGUCGGGGAUAAACCUUGAAAUCUGAGCAGUUCUUCGUGUCUUUGAUAGAAUAUUCUGACAGCCUUAACAUGACUUCGGUGUGGAAGCGGCUUCAGCGGGUCGGAAAGAGAGCAUCCAAGUUCCAGUUUGCUGCUUCAUUUCAAGAGUUGACGAUAGAAUGCACAACGAAAUGGCAACCAGACAAACUGAGAGUGGUGUGGAUCAGGAGGAACAGACGUCACGGCACAAAGCUCCACAGCUGGCAGCCCGGGAUCAAGAACCCCUACAGAGGCACGGUGCUCUGGCAAGUUCCAGAGAGUUUAGACAUCACUGUCACACUCUUCAAGGAACCUACUGCAGAGGAGUUUGAAGACAAGGACUGGACUUUUGUCAUUGAAAAUGAGACAAAAGGUCGUAGGAAGGUAUUGGCAUCGGCUGACAUCAACAUGAAGAAGUUCACCAGUGCCACGCCGGCCCAGUACGAUGUGACUCUGAAGCUCAAACCGCUGUCAGUCAAAGUGGUGGAGGCCACGUUGAAACUGAACCUGUCCUGCAUCUUCCUCAAAGAGGGCAAAGCCACAGAUGAGGACAUGCAGAGUUUGGCCAGUCUGUUGAGCAUGAAGCAGAGUGACAUCGGAAACCUGGAUGACUUCGCAGACAGUGAUGAUGAAGGCGGGGAGGAGAGGAGGGCCAGCUUCGGACAAACUCCUCAUGUUACUGCCUCUGCUUCCUCUGUCAUGAGAGUACAUGAUUUGGCUUGGAGGCCUGCAAUGGAAUCAGGCCCCGCAGAGAUGGAUUGGAAAACGUCCUGUGGCAUUUCCUCCACCAUCUCAGCCCCAUCUCAGCCUCCGCUGCCCAAACCCCCAGACCCCCCCGUUCCAUUCUCUCUAUGCAUCCGACCACCCAGCACUGGCCACCAGGCCCGGUCCUCCCCCUACGCCUACUCACUGCCAGCCUUUACUCGUGCUCACCCUCCUGCACUUCCCAAAAUCUUCCAGCCCGCUGCCGGAUCAGUGCCCAUUUCAGCUCCCCGGAGGCCCCACAGCUUCCACAGUGGCUCCUCUCCAGCUGAGGGCCUGGAGGCUUUCCCUACCUUCACCCCUCCUAAAGCCAAUCCCCCAUCUUUCCUCUCUUCCUCCCCCUCUGAUCCAUCUGUACAUACUCCUACUUUCCCUGGUGCCUCACAAACAGCCUGUCCCAGUGCCUGGGGAGCACAGACUGUUCCUUCCUUUUCUUCUCCGUCCUCCUCCUUCGCUUCAUCUUCAGCUCCUCUCAGUUCCUGUCCUCCACUACCUCCUCAGCCUUCUGCUCCCAGAAACCCUAAAGCUCGCCCCCUCUCAAUGGGGGAGACAGGCUCUGUCCUCACCCGGCCCACCAGCCUGCCAUCGGCCCCUGAGACAGCUUCCUGGCAGAGUGAAUGGAGGCCUCCUAAAUCUCAGGCUCCUCUAGCACAACCUGCCAUUUCUCCUAAGUUUCUGCAUCUCUCUGCCAAUGACCCUGGAAAGCCUGCAGUGCUACAGGAGAAGCAGAUAGAGACGCCAUCUUCACUUCCUCUGCACACUGGUCAUUCUUCGGAGCAGAGUCACCAGGGAGACUCUGUAUUUUUUCCGUCCUGGAGACCCCCUGUAGUAGAGACACCCUUACCGUCCCUCAGUCCUCCUUCUGCUCUUGUAACCUUUGGGCCUCCUCCUCCUCCUCUUCCUUCUCAGCCACAUAUUUCCCAAACUGCCAUCCCUUCCCACAGUGACCAAGAUGCAGAAUUCAAAAGACAGUUGAGCACGUUAAACGAAGAAGAGAACUCUACAACACCUACAACCCCUGAUUCCAGAGUGCCGCCCAGCUUUAGGACAGAGUCGUCCAGGGCUUCAGAGUGGAAAAGAGACGCACAAAUUGGAAUCGAGGUUGUUAAGGCAUCAGCAGGACCUCAACAAACAAAUACGGAAGGAGUUUCUGCCAUUUCCCAGCAGCCUACAUUAAAUGAGUCAUUGACAGAUGCAAAUGUUAACAAGGAGAUGCUCAUGGACAAACCUGCAGGUGCUCAGAACAUAAGUCCAAUUGGACCAAAAGCUGACUUUGCUGUCCCCCAGCGAGGCAGAAAACCAAAGAGAAAAGUUCCAGACCCUCAAAAGAAAAUGAUUGAUCAAAAAGAAGAAACAAAACCAAUACGACCACUCAGACGGAAGGAAAGUUUGACACCAGACCGCAAACAUAAAUCUGAUAGUUUGUCAGUCAAGCCCCUCCCUGCGGUUGUUCCAGUCCAGUCUGAAAGGAAAGAUGCUACUGAUGAGAUACAACCUCUAACUGAUCCAUUUUGCAACCUAAACACACAAGACACUAGCACUGCUCUUGGUGUAGCUCUAAAUGGUCAUGCUCAAGAUGCACCAAACCCAGGUGACAAUAAGCAGAAAGAAGAAACGAAAUCAGUGCAAUCUAUUGACGUUGUUGCACCUCCUCGUGUGAAAAGGAGAGAUAGCAGUUUGCCACCUGUAAAGCCUCCGAGGAGAAAAGGAAGUGUAACUAGAGACACAUCUGUUCGAAGAACUAAUGACCAACAACAUUUGAAAGUCCAAGUCAGUUGUUCUUUGAAAACUACGGAUCCAGUUUCUUCUCUACCUUGUGAGAGUAUCUCUGGUGCUCCAUGUGCUGUUGAAGCUUUUGUUGGGAGUGCCUCUCUACAGACAGGCACAGAAAUGAUCUGCUCAAAGGACACAAAGCAAACCUCUUCUGUCCCGGGAUCACCCGAGAAAGACAGCAAUACAACUGUCCAGGCCUCUUCUCCAAAGAAAAUUGAGAGCAUCACACCAAAGCAAGAGCCAGAGAAAUGUUGUGCUAAGCAAACUGCUUCCCUCUCCAUUAUCAAGAAGAUACGUCUUCCGAAACGCAGCAAGAAAAUGACCUCAAGCAAAUCUGGCAAAAUUGAAACUGACAAGGAGUCUGUAAAACCCGUCCAGAUCGACAAAACAAUGGAAGAAAUGAAGCAGUCAAAUAUUGCUGAUGACACAUCUGUUGAUACAAGCAUUACCGCAUCUUGUCACAAACCCCAGGAUGCAUCAAAUAUAGCAGAAACAGAAAUGGGCAGACAAACAAGCCUUCAUAUCCCAAAGCCUCCUGAGAGGAAACGUCUCAGUGGCUCAUUCACAGACGACUUUACAGCUAUGGCAAGCAUGUAUAAAGUUUCUCAUGGAGAAGUUAAGGAAAGGAAAGGGCGUCCUUCAUCCUUAACAACUAAAGAAUGGUCAAUGGUGCAAAACAGCAAAGGUGUCCCCUCUCCUCUGGGUGAUCAAUCUUCUACAUCUACGGUAGAGGAUGCUCCUGUAAAGUUGAGGAGAAGCAGGUUGACCGUAGAGGAUGGUCAUAGUUCUGAGAAGACAUCAGGAGCUUCAAUCUUGCCUGUACCGAAACCAAGAGUAAAGAAACGUCUCAGUGGUUCGUUUCCAGAUGACACUACGAUCUCUGGUUCACCACUUUCCUGCCAGGAAGACAAAGUGACCGACAACACUUGUCUUGGGUCAGUCCAACAGAAUGAACAGUCAAGCUUGCCUGUGCCAUUGCCACGGGCCAAGAAACGUCUAAGUGGGACUUAUUCAGAUAGCCCACCACCUUUAGACACUGCAUUCCCCAUGGAAAUGGAAUUAUCUCAGAGAAACCUAGAGGACACAUCUGCAACUAGCAAAGAUAUGAAGGAAGGCUCAACAUCAUUGGAUUCAGGUGUGAUUACAGAAGUCCCUGUUGAAGGAGAAGAUGUUGCUGCUGCAUCAGAAACUAAAGAAGGCUCAACAUCGUUGGAUUCAAGUCUGAUCUCUGAAUCCACAGCCCAAGCAGGAGAUGUUGCUGCUGCAUCAGAGUUGGAACAGGGAAUGCUAGAAGCAAUGGGAGAAGAGGACUUUACUCAGGUAGACUCUGUUGAAGAUACUGAGAAGGCAUUGGAUGAAAUCAUUAAAGGAUGGACCUUUACAGAAAAACCUGUUGUAACAGAUGACUCAGAGAAUGCUGCAAAGUCGGGAUUGGAGCAGGCGGACAUUGAAAAAGUCCUGGAAGCAGAGGUUGAUAUGUCCCUUGCUUUCGCUGUAACAUCUUCUCAGGAUGACUGGCUGCAUGUAGACAAUGAUAAGGACAGCGGACCUACAGAAAUAAACUCAAGGAAGGAAAUGAGGGACGAAGAGUUGGACUUUGGCUUUGAGUCUGUAGAUGUAGACACUGGUUGUUUACCGGAGGAAAGGCAGAGAGAGAAGUCAGCUGCUGCCAUCCACAAAGGCGUUGAACCAACAACACCUCAGAAAACACCCGCAGAUGGGGCUGCCUCUCUGGAAGGCUUUUCGCCUAGUCCCAGUUUAGUAACAUCCAGUCAGUCUCUAUUGGACUGGUGUCAGGAAGUCACACAGGGUCACAAGGGAUUGAAGAUCACCAACUUCAGCACCUCCUGGAGAAACGGCCUUGCGUUUUGUGCCAUCUUACAUCACUUCCAACCAGAAAAGAUUAAUUAUGAAAUGCUGGACCCCUAUGACAUCAAGAACAACAACAAAAAGGCCUUUGAUGGCUUUGCAGAACUUGGCAUAUCGAGGCUGAUGGAGCCUUCCGACAUGGUCAUGCUAGCAGUGCCUGAUCGCCUCAUUGUCAUGACCUACCUCAACCAGAUCCGCACUCAUUUCACGGGCCAGCAGCUCAGUGUGCUUCACAUAGAAAAGGACAGCAAUGAGUCCAGCUAUGCAGUAGCAGGAGACAGGGAUGUCCAAGAGGACCCAGAGGCAACUGCUCGCUACUGCGCCCAGAGGCUACAGGAGGAGGGUAUCAGUCUGGAUACCAAUGGGACUGCAGCGUCAGAAGAGUCUGAAAGUAAUACCACCGGGGAGGUCGUUCCUCCUCCCAGAACCAAACGGGAUGCUGGAGCAGGUGGGGCUAAAAUACCAGUGGCUCCACCAAGGACACACUUCCUGUCCAAGACUGGUUUCUCUCAUGUCAAAGACGCUGAUCUGGUCAAGAAGCGUAGAUCACAGCGAAGGAGUGGGUCAUUAGAAGAAGGAGACAUAUCAGUGGUUGUUGAGGGGCAAGAAGAGAGCAUAAUUAGUCGAAGGAAGUCGGACACUGAGAGAACAGAGGCUGUGGUUGAAGAGGGGAGACCAGAGGGCCAGGACCACAGUCAGUAUGUGCUGAGUCAGAUGGAAGCCCUGGAAGCGGAACAAAAUCAUAUUGAUAACAGAGCGGGUGUGGUAGAGAGGAAACUCAGACAACUUCUAGAAACAGGCAGUGACAAAGUGGAGGAGGAGAGGUUGAUUCAGGAAUGGUUCACGCUUGUCAACAAGAAGAACGCUUUAAUCAGGAGGCAGGACCAUCUGCAGCUGCUGCUGGAGGAACAAGACCUGGAAAGAAAGUUUGAGCUGUUAAACAAAGAGCUGAGGGACAUGAUGGCGAUGGAAGAGUGGCAUAAGAGCCAGGACCAUAAACACCGAGAGCAGCUGCUGCUCCAGGAGCUGGUGUCACUGGUCAACCAGAGGGACGAGCUGGUCCACAAUAUUGAUGCCAAAGAGAGAGGGGCUGUGGAGGAAGACGAGCGCCUGGAGCGAGGCCUGGAGCAGCGGAGGAGGAAGUACGCCAAGCAGCAGAAAGAAAAGUGUGUUAUGCAGUGAUUCUGUCAACCUCCAGCAAAAAACUACCUUAAAGAAAGCGGGAGACACAACCAGGAAUGGUGCGGUCGUGUUGGUCCCCUUCUCCUGCUGUCAGACUGAUUGGUGUGGUUUGAAGUGGGCAGUAAGAGGGUAUUUAAUCACAGCAAGUUGCAUCUGAUCAAUAGGAGGUGGAUGUGUUUCCAAAGGAGACUUGGAUGGCCCCAAACAACAGAGAAGCCAUGAGAAAUAUCAGCUAUGUUGAGGCUGUAAUCAACCUUUGUUUUGGUUCCCUUUUUUAAUUGUCAUUGCAAUCAAAGUGGGCAGUAUUUUAAUUUCCACAUUCAACGUCCAUUUACCCAACCCAACAUUCAGCACCCGUAGAAGAGGCACCACAGCCUCUACAGAGCUGCUUGUGCGUUUGGACCGUGUGCUUUGCUGUUUCUGUGCUGUGUUUUUAGUGUGUGUGUAUGAGACUGGAAAUGUUUAGGAGAUUCAAGAGGUGACUAUGGCCGGAGAGAGUUCCCAGUGUUCGCUCAUUAACGUUCGGCAGCAUUUCUGACAUAAUAACAGAGAUUCAGCAGUUCCUGGUGACUGUUUUUCAUGGCAGGGAUAAAAAGCCCUUAAAAAAUACGAUAUUGACAUUUCUCAAUUCAAGGGUUUCCUGAAGGGAUGACUGUCCCUUUAAUUCAGAUCUCAAAACAUCAUGGUUAUACAAAACUGAUUGUUGUUCAGGGUAAAAACUCUUAGGUCAUAGACAGAUUUUGAACAACAACACAUGUACAAAAACAAGUAUAGGUCACCAGAGUUGCCUUAUUGAAGGAUGUUUUAUAUUAGAAAAAAAUACGUUUAACCACCCCAUUUACGCCAAAAUGUUACGUUACAGUAAGUAUUUGGAAAUAAGAAAUGUAGUUCAGUCUGUUUUUGAUUUUCACAUCCUAUUUUAGGAUAGGAUAAAGUUGCAAAUGUAAUGCGGAUAAGGAUCGCAGCCAUGGGACAGAUCAGAUAUUUGAAAUAACUUAUUGGAUUAAUUUGAAGUUUUACUAUUUAUUCACAAAUAUCAACUGUCAAAUGUAUUGUAACCAAAGCCAUCGCUACGUGUAGCAUUUAACUAACAGGUGUGUUGAGAAUGUUCAUACAGCAGCAUGUAUCCUCUGUAAAGCGAUUCAUAUUCAUGACAGUGCCAUAGGAAUAUUUCUAUACACUUGUACUUUUAGGAUGUUCCUCUUUCCGACUAUUCGGAAAAAGUUCUGAUACUCCUGCCAUUAUUUUCCUUUUCAAGAAAUUGAAAAUACUUUUACAUUAUGCAAAUGUAUGUUUUGUAAUUGAAAGCUGAAGAUGUUUCUCAUGAUCUUUGUUCGCAAUAUCAACAUUAGCUUAAAGUGUUUUUGCACUUUUCUUCAGUAUGAGGAUGUUCUGAUGUUUCUGGACGUGAGGUUUUGUUUUAUGUUUAGAAGUUUGCAGUUCUCAUGUUUCCAUAAUCACUGGUGUAAGCAGCUCCGAGCACCACCUGUGGAUUGGUUACAACAUGUUGAAAGGAUUGCUGUUUUAUUUGUGGUAUUAAUGUUACACUUGCACUAUUUGUAAAGUUUGGAAAAUACAAAUCAUUUGAAUGCCUUA